AAUUCUCUGUUGGGUUUUGUCUUUUCGCCCAGGCGUGUUGACAGUUGAGUACUUUGCUUUCUGAUUGGGUAUAGGCAAUAUAUUAUGGCUUCUUUGUCAGCGUUUGUGGAUGCGCCCUCAGUAUCUUUCUUGGAUGGUUGCCAGAAGGCGCAGUUGAUCGAAAUAGCAGAGCAUUAUGAAAUUGCUGUUGUAGGGAGCAAGCGGAAACAUGACAUUAAAGCUGUCAUCGUGUCAUCUUUGUUUGAGCGGGGAGUGUUACAGAAGAGUGAGUCUGGUGUGGCAGGGGUCGGGCCAGUAGUGGUUCAGACAGCUGGUUUGACAUUCGAACAGCAAAAGGAGCUUUUGGCCAUGCAGUUUAAUCAGGAGAGAUUGCAGUUGGAGAUGAGGGGUCAGCAGCAGGAGGUAGAGAAGCGUUUAGAGGUGGAGAAGGUGCUGGAGGUGGAAAAGAUGAAAUGUGAGGUGGAACAUGCUAGAUUACGGCUGAUGGGAGAGGGCAAGUUUUCUCCAGGGGAGGAUGGUGGUGCUAGGUUAGCAUCAGGCAGUGGCGAUAUAAUUUCUUACUUGCGAUUAGUGCCAAAGUUCAAUGAGCGUGACCCGGACAUUUUUUUCACUCUAUUUGAACACAUAGCAGAGGCAAGAAACUGGUCAGAUUCAGACAGAGUGCUGUUACUUCAGUGUGUACUCACUGGGCGAGCACAGGAAGCCUAUUCAGCUAUUUGUGGCGAAAAUACUUUGGACUAUGAUAGAGUAAAAUCAGCAGUGUUGAAAUCUUACGAACUGGUUCCUGAAGCGUAUCGUCAAAGGUUCAGAAGUGGGGUCAAGGGAGAUAAGCAGACACAUGUGGAGUUUAUCCGUGAUUUAACUUCUCAUUUUCAGCGGUGGUGCGCGGCAGCAAAGGUUGCAAGUUUUGACGGUCUUUGUGAGCUCAUUGUCUUGGAACAAUUUAAAAACAUUCUCCCUCAGCGUGUGGCCACAUAUGUGAAUGAACAGAAACCUCCCACCGCGUUUAGAGCUGCUGAAUUAGCGGACGAUUUUGUGUUGACACAUAAGGGCAGUUUUGUGGAGAAAUAUUCUAGGGGUGAUUGGAAACGUGGAGAAGACAAUGGAGAUGCCCGUGCAAAGUUUUCACCAGGCUCCUCCCGUAGAUUUGCAGGUACAGGGCGACCCGAGGGGGCCAAAGUGGACCAAUGUCACUAUUGCAAAGGUGGGGGUCAUUGGAAGGAGCAGUGUCCAUUGCUGGAAACGAAGGGGAAGCCUCGUUUGUCACCACAUGCUCCAGCCAUGUGUUGUUCUGCUGUGUUGGUUAAAAAGCCACAGGGUGUAGGAUCGGGCAUGGUGUCUGAUAAGAAGCUGGUUUGUGCCGACUUGGAUGUGGGUUCUGUUUUUGGGCCGUUCAUAACGGAAGCCGUUGUGUCAAUAGUUGGUAGUGACAAGUAUGUUCCGAUUAAGGUGUUGCGUGACACAGCAGCUAGAUACUCAUUUAUUGUUGAGUCAGUGUUGCCUUUUUCGUCAGAGACAGAGACGGGGGAUUUUGUGCUGAUGAGGGGAAUGGAGAUGGGCUUGAUUCCUGUGCGACGUCAUACAGUAGUGCUGGAUUGUGAGCUGGUACGGGGAGUUGUGUCUAUCGGCGUGCGUCCCGCAUUGCCACUUGAUGGGGUACAGAUGAUUUUGGGCAACGAUCUUGCUGGUUGUGUGGUGUGGGCAGGUGUGCCACCGCCUGUGGUGGUUUCCAGACCGUUGGCAUCUGUAGAGCCAGAUAAGAGUGGUUUGCAAUUUCCAAGUGUGUCUCCUUUUUAUACUAUUACGCGUGUGCAGAGCCGUAGGAUGUCUACUGACCUACCUGUUUCGGAGUCUGGAAAAAGUGGCCCAACACGGUCCUUUGACUUUCAGAUCGAGACAAAGGUGAAGGAGAAGAAAGAGAGGAAACGCCGCAAAGCGAAGAAGAGGAGGCCGAAGGAGGUCAGCGCGCCGAUGAGCGCCUACAUGCUGUGGCUCAACGCCAGCCAACCCAAGGAGGAGUGGGACAUAAAGGCAGUGGAAUCGAAGAAGCAGUACGAAAUCGCAAGGCAAGAGCUCGAAGACAGAGGCGGAGGAGGAGCGUCCUCCAGUCCUAAGAUUUAAAGUAAAAAGCUGGAGUUAAGAAGAAGGAUGUUGGGUUGUCGUGGACCCCUUUGGGGCCCCGUCUUAAGGGGGGGGCUGUGAUGCCCCUGUGGGUGCAUCAGUAGAUAGGGUGUGGCUGUUCUGUCUGUGCUGCAUUGGCUCCAGUGAUUGCACCGAUUGCAGUAACUCAGGGC